UGCAGUGUUCGAAAUAUUUUCCCAUAGUUCCAUUCGCACCGAAUGUCAAACUUGAUCUGUCAAACUGCAGUUGUUUUUGUGGGUAUGUCAAACUGGUACCACACGGACGGACCUGCCCGUACGAUUAUUGCAGUUUCUUUUCUCUACUCUUCCAUCCGGACAGCAUCCCUUGUGCAGCACCGUCCGCGAUUAGCUGGCACAGCAGUUUGGCAUUAAACAGUGGUCGGGUGGCACCCCACAAAAUUUGCAACAUUCCUUCGCAAAAUCGCCCUUCUUCCAGCUUACGCCCUUCACCGUCAAGUUCCCUAGCCAGGGCAGGUUUGGUUCUUCCCCCACCACACUUCCUGGGCAGCAGCGAGACACCCGGACCCGUCGACACCCUGCAACCAAACCAAGCCCGUGCGCUCGCGAGAAAGGAGAGUGAAAUCCGGGAGUGAAAGAGAGAGGAAGAGCAUCGAAGCGCAUUCGGUACGAUCGCGAGAAAGGGCUCGAAAUCGAACGCAGAUCGGACGAGUGCAGCUCUAAACUCUGUACCGCUGAGGAUGAUGUUGCUGACGGUGCGAAAAUAAAACACUCUACCGAGCGAUCCCCGAGGGACAAGGGUGUUUUUGCAGGUCACAGCUGAUCUCCGGGUGGGCAACAUACCCACGUCGGUAAUUCCCGGCAGAAGGGGAGAAUGAUUCUACGAAGUGGUUGCCGCACACCAGCGUAGAAGUUCCGGUUCCGGCUGUGUUACGGAAGCCUCAAAAUCACCAACACACUCACACACACACACACACCCCCCUAUACACACGCACCACCACCCCAAGAUGGACAAUCGGCUCAACAUUGGUUCGGAGGUGCGUGAGCUAAAGCUCGGUUCGACCUUCACCAAUGCAGCACCAUCGAACCAGUUCCACACGAUAAAAUACGAUUUCAAACCCGCCAGUGUCGAUGUGAACAAACCGGCGGUGCUGGAAAUUAGUGCCAACAAGCAGGUCACCGUUACCGUACCACACCUGGAUGGUUCCGGUGUGCCAAAUACCGUCUUCAAGGGCAAUCAGCGCGAUUAUUCGCGGAAAGAUUGCGUGCUCAUACUAAACCGGGCGACGGGCGAAAUUACGCUCGAGCAGCUUAACAGCAGUAUCGUGGUGAAGAAGACGAGAAUCGAAAACAAGGCACCAAAUCCUCCACCAACACUGCCAACGAUAAAGGUCGAAAACAACACCGCACGCCAGAGCUCCAAGACGAAGAUUACGACCGGCGUGCGGAAGAAUGCGCCGAUCAGCUUCAUGCCAAAGCACUCGCCACUGCAGGGUUCCCCGUCCUAUCCGCACCGGAGUCCCCAGUCGGCACCGGCCUGGAAUGCCAACAAUACUCAACAAACCUUGCCAAGUAUUCCGAUGAUUGGGCUGGACGAUGGGAUGGACUUUGGUACCGUGAUGCCACCGUCCUCCGCCACCACUUCCAACUCCUCGUCGGGUGCUACCAUGAACAAUCAUCUGAAUAACAACAUCGGCAGCAGCGGAAGUGGCAGUAAUUCCAACUCCAACCACACCAAUAACCACCACCACCAUCAGCAACAUAGUAACAGUAGUAGCAUAAGCAGCAGUAGUAGUAGUAGCGGUAGUAGCAACGUGGGCAAUAGCAUGGCUGGCUCGACCAACGCUGGUAGCGGCAUGGGCAACAAUCAUAGCAACAGCAAUAGCUACCUUAAUCACGGUUCGACACAGAACAGCAACAACAAUCACCAUGGCAGUGGCAGUAGCGGCAGCAAUCAUCACCAUCAUAGCAAUCACCUCAGCGUGCCGUCAUCGUAUGGCGGUGGUGGUGGUGGUGCAGUCGGUCGGAAUCAUCUGCACAGCGAACCUUCGAUGCCACCGAGCGUAGAGGUCAGUUUGCCGCCCGAUCGGGAUCUGCUGCCACCGCCGGUAGCCGUCACGGGAAUUGGUGUUGGAGCGAGCAGCGAUCCGGAAAUGAUGACAUCCUCAGAGUCGGACGGUUCCGAUGAUUCCGAUUCGAGCAGCAGCGACCAGGAAUCGGACAGUUCGACCGAAGACAACAACGAUUCACCAGUGAAAGAGUCCAUUUUUGAUCCACGGCCAGAUCCAACGAUCGCGGUUACCGCCGCCGCGGUAGAUCUUAGCAAGGAUCUUUGCUUAUCAUCUAACUCCGAUUCGGACGAUUAAUCGGGACGCCGCCCGCACUACGAAUUGUUCUGCCGAGGGGAACACGAUGGUAUCAAACAACAAAGAGUCACACAAGCAGCAGACGUUAGUAUGUGAAACGAAACAGUUAGCGAAACACAGCGGAGAAGACAUGAACAUGAAAUAAUGAAAGAUUAUAGGUUAUAGGAGCUAAAAGUUGUGUAAUUUUUUUUUGUUUUGGUUUGUUUUAAGUUUUUUUUUCUUCAUUGUUUUGUUAGUGUGUGUGUGUUGCCAGGAGGGGAACCAAGCCCUUCCGGAUAGGAAAAUUAUUUAUAUUUAUAUAUGCUCAAGCAGUUAAGCGCACGUGCGGCGCCAUCAUCUGUACUAAGUUAGUUUGUCGCGCGUUUUUUUUUUGCUGGUUCCAGUUAAACGUGUUUUAAUCGCUUUGUACGUGCAAAAGCAUUAGGACAGAAUCAGAAUUUUGAAUGCGGAAGAAGAAAAAGGGACAAAACUUAUCCUGUAACAAAAAAACCCGCACUUCUGUCUCUGAAAUCGAACACAAGAGCAAGCAAAACACAAGCGAAUGGGUGGCAUCUUACUAGGAGAUAAUUAGUCAAUCUGGGCGCGGAAAGCGAUAGGGGAAUGAAUUGAUGCGAUGCAGGUAUUGAAUCCGAUACGCGUUUUUUCAACGGUUCGGUGUCAAAACAGGAAUUUUUGCGUUUGUUUGUUUUUUGUUUUGCUACGAUUUAUUUACACUUUAUCGUGCCUCUAGGUUUACCCUGUUGGUGUGUGCUUGUGCGUUGUAGGAAACGUGAAAAACAAAACGAAACGACUGAGACAAAGAGUUAAGCGGUAGUGACCGUGUGUGGAGGAUCGCCUUAUAGAGACAGCCGGAGGAAGGGCAACACGAAGUAGAUGUGUGAUUUAUUUUUUUAAAAAGGAAGAAAACAGAAAAGACAUACAAUGCGGUCCGAGCUCCGGAAGGCUGUUGUACCAGACAGUCGAGGAUGUAAAAAACGGAGUGAUAUCGCAAACGAUUCCCGUAUCGUCAGCACACACUGUAGCAGCCAUUUGCGUAUGUAAAUAAUAACUGAAUCUUUCCAAUAAUCCUCCCCCCACUGUUCCAUUCGCGCGUGGAAGGUGGAACAGUUUAGUAGGACAGACGGCAUGGGAGCAGGUGAAAACCAAGCACCGCGACAUCAUGACAGCGUUGAAACGAAUGUUAGAUUGAAGGAUAAAAGCCGAAAGGGACGUCAGCAACAAGUUGGGUAACGAGACAGAGGACACGCAAAACACCAGAAAGGAAGCACCAAUUUCUCCCGAUACUUCAUUCAGCAUUCAGCUCAAACAGAGAGUGUGUCGGGAUAGAUUAAAGAGAACUUAUAAACUGCCCGUUAAAGGCAUAAUGUGAACAAAACAGCUGGAUCUGGAGGAAUGCAGAUGUGUAAACGGUCGAAGAAAGCCCUCUGGAGCCUGUAAUAAAGCAAAAGAAAUACCGUGUUAAAAA